CCGCGCAGGCGCGGCCGGCCAGCCAGUCCUUGGCCCCCGCCGACAGCGGACGGUGAUUGGUCGCUGCCAGGCCGGAGCGCGGAUUGGCGGGUUCGAAGGCACCGGCGGCGCCGAAGCGAGGAAGGCAGGAUGGUGGCGGCCGAGGGGCCGCUGCGGGGCUUGGCGAGCUGGGGGCUGCGGGCGGUCAGUGCGGCCUGGGUUGACACAAUCUGGGAACUAGAUUUCACUGAGACAGAGCCUCUGGAUUCCAGAAUAGAAGAGGGGAUCACAGAGGAUGGACUUGAUGCCUUCAGCGAACUUUACAAGACUCUCUACUCUUUUGUUGACGAGGACCAUGGGACCACUGAAAGUAUCUGGACCCUCUUUGCUGAGAACAAUCUCUCCCCCAGUGCUCUUGUGGCUGUGUUGUAUCACUUUGUCCAAGUGGCCCAGAAUAAAAAGGCUAUUGUACAGCAGCGGUUAUGUGCCCUCCAUGCUGCUGGGCUGUACUUCUUACUGCUUGAAAUACCAGGCAGCGUGGCUCAUCAGGUGUUCCAUCAAGUGAUGUUUGACAAAUGUCUUCACACCCUGAGAAAGAGCUGGCCUCAAGGGUGUGAAUUGACUAGGAAAAGGAAAAAGGAUCAUGCUAAAAGCUCUCAGGCUGAAGCAAGAAGAAAUAAAAAGAAAGGAAGGCCAACCAGGAAAGAGAACUUUGAUAUGGAUGAGAUUUUUGAAGAGGAUGAGGAUCAAGAAGAAGAGGUUUAUUUUUCAGGACAUGAUCUGCUUCAAAUUCGGGAAGCCAUCCUCCUCCUCCUGAAAAACUUCUUAAGACUUCUGCCCAAGUUCUCUCUGAAAGAGAAACCUCAUUGUGUGCAGAACUGCAUGCAGACCUUUGUUGAGUUGACAAGUUUUGAGCCUGCAGUGCAUGAAUUCGAGUUUUCAGGAACAAUGAACAUAAACCAAGCAAAAUAUGUCCCAGAGUUGGCCUAUCACGGGCUGCGGUUGCUGUGCUCCCCGCUUCAUGGUGUAGAAAAUAAGACUCUGCACCGUAUCUUCCAUCGUCUCCUCAAUGUCAUCCUCAUGCUGGAAGGGGAAGAAGGAUCCAGGCAUACAGCCCUUUCUGUCACAUCACAAGUUAUUGGUGCUAGGAAUCAGGGAAUAAAAUUCAUCAGCUCUAUAGUAGAUGAACUAAAGGAAGUCGCCUUUCCUGUGCUCCGAAUCUUACUGCAGCAUAUCUGUGCCAAGGUCCCAGAUAAAGCUGACUAUCGUACCUAUGCCGCACAAGCCCUGAUGCAAUUGCUGAAUAAGCUCCCUUGUGCAGAGUAUGCUGAUUUUAUAGCUUGGCUUUAUAGAUACUCACAUAAUACCAAGAUUCCCUACAGGGUGUUUGCCCUUGAUGUAGCCUUAGCUUUGUUGGAUAUGCCGGAGAGGAAACUGGACAGCUCCUUGUCUGUGGAUCAUCAGAAGCUUCUAAAGCACAAGUUUCUGGUGCAGGAUAUGGUGUUCGGCCGCUGCUCAGACAAGGCACCUACGGUCCGCAGCAAAGCACUAUCCAGUUUUGCUUACUGUCUGGAAAUGAAAGCUGCCACUACGUUGGAGAGUAUACAGGAGCUAUUACAAGGCACUUCUGGUCAUAUACUUUUAGACACAAACAACUACCCUGAGAGUUUGGUAACCCACACAGAAGCUCACUCCGACCAUCCACUGAAGACUCUUCCGACUUUCAAGACCAUUGAAUUGACCAGGGAUGGUGAUACCACUGUGUUCGAUGGGAAGGAGAUUAUGGGUAUGCUGAGACUGAGAGCAGGGGAUGAGAAGACAAAUGUCAGGAAGUCUGCACUCCAGGUCUUCACGAGUAUCUUGAAGCACAACGUGAUCCCAUGUACCCCAGAAGACUUGUCCACUCUUCAAGAUCGCUGCCGGGACCCUGCCGUCUCCGUACGGAAGCAGGCACUACAGUCUAUUACAGAGCUCCUUAUGACUCAACACAAUAAUGUUAUGAUACAGAAGGCCUGGUUAACAGGUGUGGUCCCUGUUGUGAUGGACAGUGAGAACUCUGUGCAGGAAAAGGCCUUGGAUUGCCUGGAUCUGCUUUUGUUGCAGCACAUUAAACACUAUAAUAAGUUCAUGCAUGAAGACCGAAACCAGACACUGGCCUGGGAUCUCCUUGCCCUCAUCACUGCAGAAAAUCAGGAGUUGAGCCGUUAUUUAAACAAAGCUUUUUACGUAUGGUCCCAGAAGGAGAAAUUCUCCUCCACUUUCAUAAAUAAUGUAAUGUCAUAUGUGGAAACAGAGCAUGCUGCAUCAGCCUGGAUGGUGCUCGCAAAGGUAGCAGGUUCCUCACCCAAGCUGGAUUACUCCAAGAUAAUCGAAUCCUGGGACAGUGUCAGCAGACAGCAAAAUACCAGCACUAAUACCGCAGGUCACAUCCUGUGUGUAAUUGGACACGUUGCGAAGCAUCUCCCCAGAAACACCCAGGGCAGGCUGAUUGAUGAUAUCAAGUGCUGGCUGAAGGAGUUUAAGUGUCCCCUGGAGGUGAUCAGCCCAGCUGUUGAAGCUCUGCAGAAGCUCUGCCAUGCAUACACAGAUGCCCCUGGGGAGGCACAGAAGCUGCUCAACCAGGUAUGUGGAGAUCUAGUAUCUGUCUGUGAGGGCUACAUCUCCAGUAUAGUCCUCAAAGAGGAUGGAGCAGAGCAGCUGCAAGAAGACCUCUUGGUGAGACAUCUCUUCACCUUGGGUGAGACUGCACAGUUAUGUCCAGCCAAAGUGGAGAAACGCAUCUUUCUUUUGAUUCAGUCUAUUCUGGCUUGUCCUGUCAAUGUAGAUCAAUUGUCUAGUCCUCCAGAUGGUGAGGAACUCCCAGUUUCUCAGCCACUGUCCCAAAUCAGAGGAUCUGCUAUGCCCUCAGUGGUCAGAGCCCAUGCGUUCAUUACACUAGGUAAGCUGUGUCUGCAGCAUGAGGAUCUAGCAAAGAAAUGUGUCGCAGCCCUCGCUCGUGAGCUAGAGGUGUCUGAGGAUGUGGCCAUUCGCAAUAACGUUGUCAUAGUUAUGUGUGACCUGUGUAUCCGCUACACCACCAUGGUGGACAGGUACAUUCCCAACAUCUCCAUGUGCCUGAAGGACCCGAAGCCCUUCAUCCGCAAGCAGACACUGAUCUUGCUUACCAACCUUCUUCAGGAGGAGUUUGUGAAGUGGAAGGAGUCCCUGUUCUUCAGAUUUGUCAGUUCUCUGGUGGAUCCCAACCCAGAUAUUGCAAGGUUUGGGGAGUUCUGCCUGGUGCACUUGUUACUGAAGAGGAAUCCAGUCAUGUUCUCCCAGCACUUCAUCGAGUGCAUUUUCCACUUCAACAGCUAUGAGAAACACGAGAAGUACAACAAAUUCCCCCAGAGUGAGCGGGAGAAGAAUCUCUUUUCUCUGAAGGGGAAAGAUAACAAAGGAAAAAGAAUGCAGAUCUACAGGUUCCUGCUAGAGCAUUUUACAGAUGAGCAAAGGUUCAACAUCACUUCUAAAAUCAGCCUGAACAUCCUGGCAUGCUUUGUGGAUGGCAUCCUCCCACUGGACAUGGAAGCCAAUGAGUUGCUCUCAGAUACAUUUGAAGUCCUUAGCUGCAAAGAGAUCAAACUGUCUGCUAUGAGAUCUAAACCAGAUGAAGAUAUCCAGCCAGUUGAGGAUGAAAUGGCCAUGGCCAAUGCUGUCAUGCAGGCAGCACAAAAGAAACUCAUCUCACAAGUUCAGAAGAAGAUCUUCAUAGAAAACAUCAUCCCAAUAAUCACUUCUUUGAAGUCUUUGUUGGAACAGACUAGGAUUCCAGCUCUGAGAGACCUCAUGAACUAUCUCCGGGAAGUGAUGCAAGAUUAUCGGAAUGAAAUCAAAGACUUCUUUGCGGUAGACAAGCAGCUGGCAGCUGAGCUGGAGUAUGACAUGAAGAAAUAUGAAGAGCAACUGGCCAGGGAGAGAGAGAUGGGAGAAGGUCAGACAGAGGUCAUCAAUGUCAUGAACACAAUACAGUCCCCAAGUUCAGACACAGCGGUACCUCCUAGCUGCCCCAACAACAAAGCCCAGUCACCUGUUGCUGAGAGACGGUCUUUGUCGUCUGGAUCUCCUGCUUCCCCUUCUCCAUUUGGGUUUACUACACCCAGAGCUGGCAUUUUGAAACAGCAGCCAUUUAGACCCAGGCAGAUGUCCCUGAGCACGCUUGCCAUCCUGAACUCUGCCAAGAAAGCCAUGGAAGCCAGUAACAAGCAGCGCAGCAAAAGUGUAGGAGGAAGGCGGCCUUCUUCUCCAGCAAGCACAAGCGACAAUAAGCAAGUAUCUUUGUGUAGCCUAAACCAACAGUCUACUGGAGCGAACGUUUCCCUGGUGGGCCGAGCAAUCAGUACUCCUGACCAGACCGUUGAUAACUUGACCUUUGGGGCUGGGGUCAGUUUCAUCAGCCUGACGCGCACACCUGCUUCAGCUCAAGAAAAAAAAGGAUCCCAAGAUCAACAAAAAGAUGUUCUCUGUCUGACGUCACCUGAUAAGCCAGGGCCCCUGCCUCGUCAGUGGAAAGUAGAAUCUCCGUCCAGGAGAAAAAGCAGCUCAACUGCAAGUCUAAGGAGAUCCCUUCGGAAAGCUCCCCUGAAACCAGCCAACUGAUCCUUCCCCAUCCACACAGUGUGUAGUUCCGAAACGCUCUUGUAUAGAACCUUCAUCACGUUGACCAUGAACUACUCCUCUUCCCUUUACAGUUAUAAUUAUGGAUCAUUGUGUGUACAAGUGUCCCUCCUUAUCCCCCUCUAUUUUAUUUGUUUAUAUUCACACACGCAUACAAAAGUUUGCUUUGAUUUAUAAACUGGAGCAGUUAAUGACAUGCUUUGCUGUAGGACAACUGGGAGUGCCAGGAAGCUGCAGUAUCUAGUGAUGGCUGACUAUUCACUGCACAGGACUUAUGACUUGUCCAUUUUGAAACGUAAAUCUGUCUUGGCCAUAAGCUCUGGCCCAUUGUAAGUGCAGCCAUUAGGAAUGCUGGCUUGGUUGAACCUGGUAUGUUUGUCACAGCUUGUAACCUUACAUGACUGGAAUGGCUAUUGGCUUAAAUCAUUCCCUUGGUGUCAUGCUGUCCCCUGUUCAUAAUAUUACUAGUUUCUAUAUUUUCUACAAAUCUAGAAUAGCUUGACACUGUCAUACCUGCAAAUCUGAUAUAAAUGCAAGUGAUUAAGGAUUUAUGUGUAGUGAAAGGUCCAUUCUAUGUAUAUAUAGCCUUCCUUUUCUUUCCUAAAUGGAAUAUUUCCACUCUUGGAAGUUCUUAUUUCCAGCUGUUACAAUUUUAUGAAAAAUAAAUGUUUAGAGAACAAAUUCCACCCACCUCUCUGCUUUUCUUGCUUUGAUAAAACCAAAUUAUUUUCUUCUGUUAAUCUCUAGCCUUACUGCAUUCACCUUAUUUCUUGCCCACUGCUUUUGUCUC